CACUUUGAACGGCAUUCCAUCAUACCGCGCAUGUGGAGCACCUCGGGCUGCGCCGUCUGACCGUGUACGCGCCAUUUUGUUGUUCAACAAAGGAAGAGCGAAAACGUGAAAUUUGCAGAACGACACACAACACAACAGCAACCGAAUCGAAUAAAAGUAACCCUUCGAAAUGGAGGCGACUCUCAGCUCGGGAGGAUCAUCGAAUGCCUCCAGCGAGUGCGCCAUGGAGGGCGGGACGAAUAGAUGUCGCGCCCUGGAGCCAAAUAACGGCACUUGUACCCUCAGCCAGGAGGUAAAGGAUCUCUACAGAUCGCUUUAUACCGCCUCCAAGCAACUGGACGACGCCAAGAAGAAUGUCCAGACGGUGGGACAGCUGUUCCAGCACGAAAUCGAGGAGAAGCGCUCGCUGCUGGUGCAGCUGUGCAAGCAGAUCAUCUUCAAGGACUACCAGUCGGUGGGCAAGAAGGUGCGCGAGGUGAUGUGGCGGCGUGGCUACUACGAGUUCAUCGCCUUCGUCAAGAAGAGCUGGCACAAGCAGGGCCAGGAUGCGGCAACCGCCCAGGAGAACAUGCAGAAGCUGGAGCGCUUCCUAUGCGCCGGCAUCUUCAACUACAAGCGACUCUCGGCACGCAUGGAGGAGAUCUACGAUUUGGAUCUCAAGUACUUGAUUGAUUUCUCCAUCAUUAGUGAUGGCUACAUAAGCGACAUGAUCGGCGAGACCAAGGAGUCCACGCAUUCGGGCACUCAGGCGGUGGACAAGAGCCUGGAGGCGGUGUCCUUUGCCCUGGACACCAUACACUCCUCGCUGCUCAGCCUGGGCGAUCUGCAUCGCUACUUCCUGGACUUUCGCAUCGACAGCAAGCUGAGCAUCAGCAAGGAGCAGGUGGCCAAGUAUUAUUUGGAGGCCUUUAAGCUCAAUCCGGCCAUUGGAAUGGCCCAGAAUCAGCUGGGCACGCUGUACUAUGGGCAGAAUCAUGACCUGGACUCCACCUACCACUAUUUGUACUCGCUCGUCUGCAUCAUACCCUUCGAGCUGAGCGAGAAUAAUCUAAACAAGCUGUUUGGCAAGCACACCGAAUAUCUGGAGCAGAUGGAUCCCGAGAAGCUGGACUUUAGCCUCGAGGACUUCUUCGCCCGUUUCUACCUGAUUGUGGACAUAUUCUUCUUCGACAAGGAGGUUCCCGACUUCAAUGCUUUGUGCCACUGCGUGCUGAUUGACCUGCGCAAGAUCCUUUGCUCCCAGCAGCUGCGCGUUCCGGAGCCGAGCAUCUUCAAGAUCGUCUCGAUUCUGUUCUUUUGCCUGUCCAAGCUGAAGAUGAUCAAUUCGCCGAAGGUCUACUCGCUGCACGCCUUUCUGGUGGCCGCCUGCUCGGAUCUAAUGGACGCCUGCAUCGUUAGCAUCGAGCAGACCAUCCUGGCUCGCGCCGCGGACAACGAACGCUUCCAGGCGGAGUACGAGCAGCGCUUCCAGGAGUUCGACACGGUAGUGCGCAAGUCGCGCAAUGAGUACAAGAACUGGUUGGCAGCAGUGGGCGAAUGUGAGCGUAAGGACAAGAAGAUGAUUCCGCGUCCGCAUUCGCUUAAGGAUUGCAGCUCCGAUUCGCGCGACAGCCAGCAUUCCGGCGAGGAGGCGAAGACCCAAGAGGCUCCGGACGUCGACAAGAUCGGCGAGGCCGUCUCCACGCGCUCCAGCGACGAGGCCAAGGAGUCGGACCUCAAGACGCCGCUCUCCUGCAAGAGCAAGCGGCGCGGAAUGCGUCUGCGGCGAAGGCGUCGCAAGAUCGCCCAGUCGGACGACAGCUCGUGCUACGACAGCGAGAGCGAACUGGACACGGACUUCUACAGCGACGAGGAGGACUACACGGAUCUCAGUUCCAAUUUCGACACCGACUUCAGUGACAUCGAUGCUGCCGAUCCCGGCGAGCCCAACGGCGAGGAGCACUACGAAGCAGCUUCUUACAGCAAGAAAGAGCGCAAAUCUGGAGGCGGUGGAGGAGGAGGAUUUGUCUACUCCGACAACGAAGACGUUGUCAUUGAGGAGGAGAAAAUUGUGUAUCCCGAGGAGAUGGAGCGCAGAUCAAACUCCCAAGAGGUGGACUCCGAGGAGCUGUUGCGCAGCUUUGAGGUGCUGCAGCUGAACUUCAAGAGCGCCGAGGAGGCGCAGACCAAGCCGGUGGAGGGACCGCCGCCCGUCAGCUUCUCAGAGCCACCGAAGAAGCUGGUUUAUCGCAACAAGUACACCAAGAUCAAUCCCAACAUCGUGAUCGACUGUCUGCACAAUGAGCCCACCAUCAGAGCCCUGAAAAUGCUUUUCGACUGGCUGCGCAUUAAUCCCGAGAUCCUCAUCGGCUGCUACCACUCGAACCCGGAAUUUGUGCACAAGAUUAUGAAGCUGUUGAACUACUGCAACAUCGAUGUCUUCACCAGAAAGGUUUACUUUGAGCGCGAGCUCUUGACCACCGCCAAUGUGCGAGAUUCCCUAGUGGAGCUCUUUGAUGUUCGGGCCAAUGUUCCACUCACCGAGGACUUUGCCUUCAAGAAUUUCGACAUCUUCCAGAGCACCCAGAUUACCCUGGACUGGGAGACCAUUAUCCGGGAGCGCGUCACUCCGCAGGAAGAGUCCAUACUGCGUAUUUUCAAAAUGGUCGACUUUGGCUUCUUCAUUUGCAAGCAAAAGAAGUUCAACUAUAGAUUCUGCGUAAAGACACGUCGUUUCACCGAAACGCAGAAGAAGAAGCAGCGCGAGGAGAAGAAGGGCGGCGGAUCGCGUCGCCGCGAGCGUCGUACCGCUCCGAAAACCAACCGAACAAAGCGCAAUGAGGGACGCACGCGUCGCUACUCGGAUCGCAAGAACGGCAUCGUUCGCAAGAGCUACACCAGCAACGAGGAGAAGGACACCGUGGAGGAGUGCCGCAAGGUGCCGCGCAAGGGUUACCUAAGGAAUCGCAAUGCCGAAAAGGCUGCGGCGGUCAUAGCCAGUGCCACCGGAACCUCUGUGGCCGGCGGAACCUCCGCUUCGACCACCACAAACAGUGUCAUCGAGAAACUAAACGUACAGUCCAGUUCGGGCGCCGAUGAGGAGCGCUCGGAGGCCAAGUCGAAGAAGUGUGAGCUAAUGGGCAAACUCUGGCUGCAGAACGAGGUGGAGACUCUGGAGGAGGAGCUGCGGGACAGUCCCGCCCAUGUGGUCAUGUCCCCGUUCGUUGUGGUCGAUUCGAAGGCAUUGACCGAAUACAAUGGCAUCGUGAAGUCGUUGGUGAGGACCAAGAAGUGCAUAGUCCUCAUCCCGAAUGCAGUGCUCAACGAGUUGGAUGACUUGAAGAAACGCAGCGAGAAUGUUCGCCAUGUCAUCCGCUGGCUGGAACAGGAGUUUAAGCAGGGCAAUAGGCACUUGCGUGCCCAGCGCGAUAACGAAAGCCAGCCCCUCUCCCUGCUGAAAAUAUCACGCAAGAUGGAUCGUGACGCCUCGGUUUUCCUGCAAAUUGCCCAGUUCUGCAAUCACCUGGUGGCCAACCAUGCCGAUCCGCACGUAAGCGAGCUGCAGAAGAGCGUGGUCACAUACUUGUCCGGCGAUAAUCUGCACGAGAAGAACCGCCAGCAGCAGAACUUCAGCUACACCGGCAUCCUGGACUCGAUACCCGUCCGCUAUGCCCAGAUCCAGAGCUUCUACGCCAAAUUCAAGGCCAACAAAAAAUGAACGGUCCCCAGCGGAGUGGCAACGGUAGCGGGCGCUAAGGCGGCAAAGGCAACUGCAGACUCUGGUCUGCAAUGCAAGCUAAAAACAAGGGUGCGAGCGUGUUCUCUCUGUACAACCACAAAUCGACAUGGAGUUCCAAAGUUAACGAAGGCCGUGGACGACGGCAAAACCAAACCAGCAAUCGCUGCUGCAGCCUCGGUUGUGGCCGUGUUUCCCCCAAACAAAAAAAACUGAAACUGUUA